AUGAAUGUCCCAAGAGUCUACGCUUUAGGCAAUGCGCCUUUGAAUUAUCUAGUGUGUCACGAAAUCGCUUCACUAAGUGUUCAGCCAAGAGUUCCUGAGCUUGUGCUGCUUCUGCAGGAUCAAAGAAAAUUGAAUAGAUUCCUAGAAAAUGAGUCCAAAUUGUACGUUAGAAGACAAGACAAUUCUAGAAGCAGUUCCAAACAGUAUAUGGCGUCGUGCUCGCCUCCGAAAUAUGCCUCUGGCGAAAUCGCUAAAAUAGAUAAUCUUAUUAUCGGCGAAACGAGGUCACCGGCAUUUGUUAAUGCAUUAAAAAAGUACAGCGAGUGCAUUCACAAUGACACUAAUGUCUUACUGCUCAACCCGGGUUUUGGAGUAAUGGAGCAACUUGAACAGAGCGUGUGGGAACAAAAAGGGUUUGUACCGAAUAUUUUCAUGGGCUUGGCUGAUCUGGAACAAAGUUUUCUGCCGAGCGAGUUUGCCAUGCAGUACUCUCGUGUACGCCAACCGCUUCAGAUUUGUUCCGUACCUAAAGCGAACAUUAGUUACGAUUAUCAACAAGAUAAACACAACACGCAAGUGCUAGAGGGGACGAACAACUUGCUGAGAUUAAUGAAAAUGUUAGACCGAGAAAACACGUUUUCAAAUAUUGGUGUAGCUACUCGCCCAUACGGUGAUUUACUUCUUCGCCGAUAUGAGGAGCUGAUCAUUGCGUCUUGCAUAAAACCCCUUACUGCAUUAUACCCUGAGAAAGGUGUCUCAGAAAAUACAUCUCUUCUCCAAAUUAUCCGUUCUCUUGUAAGGGAGUUCACGCGCAUUAUUAAGGCCACAGAUCCUCACCUUCAGCACAUCCCGCAUUUUGAGUCUAUAAUCGACGAAGAACGGCUUUUUGUUCUAGUGUCAAGGAACUUGAAAAAGAGAUCGCGUUCUGCGUUUAGCAAACCAACGAUACGGGAUAUUAAUCAAUACAAUGGGUAUUUCAUGAUGAAAGCUAAGGCCAGCGGUCUGUGGUGCCAGUCUAAUUCUUUCAUCAUGAAGUGCGCAAAGGCUAAACUUGAACUACAACAGAAGAACGCAACCGAUUUUAGAUAUUUGUAA